AUGCACAAUCAAGGCACCCUUUAAAAUUAUGGACAGUCCGGAGGCACCCUUUAAAAAAUUAUGGACAGUCUGGAGGCACCCUUUAAAAAAACUAUGGACAGUCUGGAGGCACCCUUUAAAAAACUAUGGACAGUCUGGAGGCACCCUUUAAAAUUAUGGACAGUCCGGAGGCACCCUUUAAAAUUAUGGACAGUCUGGAGGCACCCUUUAAAAUUAUGGACAGUCUAGAGGCACCCUUUAAAAUUAUGGACAGUCUAGAGGCACCCUUUAAAAU